AUGUCGCUGAGCCAGGCGCCGGCAGGAAGAGGUGUGCCUUGUCUGCGCUGCAGGGGGAACUGCACGGGCUUCGAGCCACAUUCUUGGAGGAAGAUCUGCAAGUCGUGCAAGUGCAGCCAGGAGGAUCACAGCCUGAGCUCGGAGGUGGAGGAGGACCGGAAGAUCGGGCGGCUGCUGUCGGGCUCCAGGUACGCCUCGCUGACCGCCCGCGUGAAGGGCGGGGACGGGCUGCGCAUCUACAAGAGGAACCGCAUGAUCAUCACCAACCCCAUCGUCUCCCGGAAAGACCCCACCUUCGACACCAUCACCUACGAGUGGGCUCCCCCGGGGCUCACCCAGAAGCUGGCCAUGCAGUACAUGGAGCUGAUCCCGAAGGAGAUGCAGCCGGUGGCGGGCACGGAGGGAGCGCGGUACCGCCGGAGGCAGCUGCUGAGGCAGCUCCCGCUCUACGACCAGGACCCGUCGCAGUGCCGCGGGCUGGCCGAGGGCGAGCUGCAGCUGAUGGAAGACUUUGUGAAGAAGUACAAAGCUGAGGCCCUGGGCGUCGGGGAGGUGGCCCUGCCGGGCCAGGGCGGCGGCGGGAAGGAGGGGGAGAAGCCGCAGGACGGGAGCAUCGCUGCCGGCAAAGCCCCCGAGUCCAACGGGGCCCUGGAGCCUGCCCCAGGCAGCUACAUCAUCUUCUCAGAGGACUACCAGCAGGCCGAGGGGAUGGCCUGGCACAAGAAGCACUUUGCCUGCCUGGAGUGUGAGACGCUGCUGACCGGCAAGCCCUACACCCUGGAUGACUCCGGCCUCCUCUGCACAACCUGCAGCAAAAGCAAACGCCUCUGA